AAACCUUCGGCACUGUGUUAGGUUAGCCCCAAAACCAAAAACCCUUCCCGCCCGAACACGGUGAAUAGGGGCAAAACAGUCAAAACCUCAUCGGAUUCUCUCUCUACUCUCUACCCCAACCGGAGUAUAUCGGUGCUCGGGUACAAUGGCAACCGACGGCGUUGCCAUCGUCGAUUUGGAUGAAGAAAUUGAAGGAGAUUACGUCGGUACCAAAAACUACCAGUUCUCCAAAAUCGGAGAGUCCGUACCAAUUAAAUCCGACGGUACCUCCGAAUUCGAUCCUCAAUGCGUUCCCUCGCAACCCUUGGCCGUCUCCGAGCGAUUCCGCCUCCUAUUCGUCGCCCAUUCCCAAGGGUUCUGUGUUGUGAGGACCAAGGACGUGAUGGCAUCUGCCGAGGAGAUUAAAGAGAAGAAAACGGGGCCGUCUGUACAGGAGUUGAGCUUCGUGGAUGUUCCCAUCGGAGAGGUUUCGAUAUUGGCCUUGUCGUCUGAUGACUCCUUGCUUGCUGUUGGCAUCGCGAGCCAAGUGCAUUUCUUUGCCGUUAGCGCUUUGCUCCAUAAGGAUCAAAAGCCUUCAUUUUCAGUCUCACUUGAUGACUCCAUUGGCAUCAAGGAUGUGCGAUGGGCCAGAAAACUUGCAAAAGAUUAUGUUAUUCUUUCGUCCAGCGGGAAGUUAUACCAUGGAUCUGGUCAAGGUCCCCUUGUUUGCGUCAUGGAAGAGGUUGAUUCUGUUGACUGGAGUGUUAAAGGCAAUUUUGUUGCUGUGGCAAAAAAGAACAAUGUCAGCAUUUUUUCAUCACAGUUCGAGGAACAGUUAAGAUUUUCCCUGUCAUUCAAGUCGGUGAUUGGGGAUUCUGAUGUUAACGAAGUCAUAAAAGUGGAUUCCAUCCGGUGGAUCCGUCAAGAUUGUAUAGCUGUUGGGUGCAUCCAAUUAAAUGACGACGGGGAAGAGGAAAAUUACAUAAUCCAAGUCAUCACAAGCAGGGGAAGAAGUAUUACUGAUGCAGCUUCAAAGCCGAUUGUGCUAUCCUUUAGUAGUAUCUUCUUUGAUUUUUGUUCUGAUGCUGUGCCUGCCAGAAAUGGACCACAUCUGUUUCUCAGUUAUCUGAAUCUUUAUGGGCUGUCAUUUAUUGCUAGUAGGAAUCUUUCCCAGCAAGUUGGAUUGCUCAAUUGGUCCUUGGAGAGUGGGAGGAAUGAAGCUGCAGCGGUUGAAAUUCUAAAUGAUGCGUGGUCUCUGCAUAUUGAUUCUCAAGCGAAUGGUGAUGAAAAUGUGAUCUUGGGCCUCUCUGUUGACAAGGUUUCCCAAAAUGAGAACGUCAGAUUCACACUGGGUGAUGAGGAAACAGAAGUCUCACCUUGUUGUAUAGUUAUAUGCCUAACCAUUGAUGGAAAGGUUUCAGUUUUUCAUUUUGCUAGUGCUACAGGUGCUUUAGAAUCUCCUGAAGGUUGUGCUUCUGAUGAGGAAGAGAAUGCUUCUCAGGUAUCAGUGAAGCACGAGCUGUCCCAGAUUUCUUCUACAGUUGGUGAGAAAAGUAGAGAUCCAACAUUUUCAGCAUCUGAAUCUCAUGAACCUGGAAAAGUUGAGGUCGAAAAAACAGGCGCUAAGGCCACAGUCACAAAUAACUUAUCACCUUUUCAUGUAGACAUGAGAUCACAGGGGCAUACUGCUACUGGAAAUUGGGGACAUAAACCUCUUGUAGAAUCACAGACAGUAAAAGGGGAUGAGCCCGAAAAGGCCCUCUUGGCUGUGCCAAACCAAGAUAUAAAUGCUGGGAAUCAGUCAGCACGUACAGGUUUAUUCUCGGGAAAAGUCGUGGGGGAUAUUUCAAAUCAAGUAAGAAGCAACCCUCUGUUAUCAUCUUCCAAUGUGGAGCAACUAGGUAAAGCACCACCAGCAAGCUCACCAAGCAUGUGGUCUUCAGCCGGGUCAAAUGCAAGAGUUGAUGCUUCAAAAACUUCCGAUGGAAAGUCUUUGUCGCUCUUUUCUGGUAAAGUUGACAAUUCAGAUAAAAUUCCACUACAAUAUGCUCGAGUUGCACUUCGAGAUCCUGCAGAUCUAAAGGAGAAAGCUAGACCUUCUACCACCUUUAUCUCUUCUGGACAGACAACGUCGACCUCACAGGGGAACAAAAACUUACUGUCAGCAUAUCCUGGUUUGCAAGUGCCUCCGAUGGAGAGUGUUGUUUCAGGAAAAUCUUUCAUGUCUGAAUUUAAGAAGGAAUUGAAUGCAGCUUCCACUCCAACGGGGCUUCCGUACUCUGUGCAAAAUUCAUCAAAGCAGUUUGGAAAUGUUGAAGAGAUGGCCAAAAAGCUGGAUAAUCUUCUGGAAGGAAUUGUAGGAAAGGGUGGUUUCAGAGAAGCAUCCAUAACUUCUCAAGCAAACUCUGUCAAAGAAUUGGAGGACGGCAUAUGGGCUCUUUCCGACAGAUGCAGAGUAUGGAAGGGGUUGGUGAACGAACAAUCAAGGGAAGUUCAGCUUCUGCUUGAUAAAACGGUACAAGUUUUGGUUAGGAAAGUAUAUGUGGAAGGGAUCUUCAAGCAAGCAACAGAUAGCAGAUAUUGGGAACUCUGGAAUCGCCAAAAGUUGAGUUCUGAACUGGAACUGAAGCGAAGACGUAUAUUAGAAUUAAACCAGGAGUUGACCAAUAAGUUGAUUGAACUGGAGAGGCAUUUCAAUUCUUUGGAGUUCAAUAAGUUUGGGGAGAAUGAAGGAGCACAAAGAAAUCGGAAACUUUUGCAGAAUCGGCAGGGCCAUUCAAGGCAGAUACAGUCCUUGCACAGCCUACAUAACACGAUGCAUGCACAAUUAGCAGCUGCUGAACAACUUUCUGGAUGUCUUUCGAAACAGAUGGCUGCUUUGAGUAUUGAAUCUUCUGGAAAACAGGACAUUAAAAAGCAGCUCUUUGAUUCCAUUGGGCUCUCGUACGCUGAUGACUCUAAAAAAUCUCCAGCUCGGAAUAGGGAUUUUGAUACUCCUGCAACCAAAGGGCACUUGAUUACUUCAGGCUCCGUUGCUGCUCAAACACGUUCUAGAAACCAACCUAGCUUUGCCAAGAGUGUUGAACCUGAAACUGCAAGGCGACGCAGGGAGUCUCUGGAUCAUAGUUGGGCUAGCUUUGACCCUCCAAAAACAACUGUGAAAAGGAUGCUGAAAGAAGAUCAUGAGAAGGGCAGUGCAGAUCGGUCAUCAUUAAACAUUGAUAAACAUUAUUUCAGUCCUCAGUCACAGAAGAAACCAGAAGUUGCUCGUUCAGCACUUCUGAAUAUAUCUAGAGCUUUGUUGAAUGGUAGCAAAGGAACUGCUGAACUACCCUCUGAGCAAUUCCAUACAAGCCCAUUAACGUCUUCGUACCAAAGAACAGGUGGUUUUCUAGAUCAUGGAGUCCAAGUGUCAUCUACAAAAACAAUUUCUGCACUGCCUCAACCAUCUUUAUUCGAGAAGAGGGUAGCUCAAAGUACUGAAACAGGUGCUUUCAAAUUGAUUGAUGAAAAAUCAAAGAGCAAUUCACCUUUUACUGGAAGAAAUAGUUCUUUUGCCUCAAACGAGUCUAAAUUCAUACAGCAGUCUGAUACAAAGAUACCAUCCAUAACCAAGCAGUUGCCUGGUCAAUCACUGACAUCACCCUUUGAUUCCAGUCAGAGUCCAGUGUUUACCAAGUCAGCAACCUGGGAUCAGAAGAAUACCCGGACUGUGUCUGAGACUCCACGAUUCGACUUUAAAAUUCCGGUUGAUCCUCCAUCUGCUUUUAGUUCAGGUCCAAAUGUAUCGGAGAAAGGUUUAUUCGCUGAAAGUUCAGAAAAACCAGGUCAGCCUAAUGAUGGUCGGUCAGCCUCUGCCCCAUUGCAAACAGCUUUUAGUUCAUCAUCUUUUGUGUCGAAACCAAUUUCAUCAACCUUAUUACCAGCGUUUCCUGUCAGUUCUGGAGCCAGUGCAGCUGCAAAACUGGAGGUAUCGCAGCCUCGUACAUCUGUACCUUCAACCCCUAGUUUUACUUUUACACCGCCUUCAUCAAGCCGUGAAAAGGAUACUAAAACAGAUGGCAUUUCCGAGAGACAGACUUCAGUUGUCAAUACACCAUCAAAAACUGAAAACAAUACUAAAUUACAGGACUCUACAUCCGAUUUGAAACUUGCAACUUUGUCAUCAUCAGCUUUUUCUGGAUUGUCAACCACAAAAUCCAUCGGUGGAUUUGAUUUUGGUAGCUCAUCAAAAAGUUCUUCAGUUGUUCAGACAGAACUGACUUCUGCAACUGAAUCCCAUUCACCAGUUGCACCAUCGAGUGAAGGAAAUGUUAGCAUUGCGAAGAAUGUUAUAUCAGAUUCUUCUCACGAGGAGGAAAUGGAAGAGGAAGCACCCGAGACAGAUUCGACAGCUGGAUUUACAUUAGGGAACCUUGGGGGGUUUGGACUUGGCUCCACCCCAAAUUCGAAUACUCCAAAAUCAAAUCCAUUUGGUGUUUCAGUCCUCAGUAAAGAUACAACUUUUGCUCCUUCCCCAUAUACCACAUCUCCUUCCAGUGGCGAGCUGUUUCGACCUGCGUCUUUCAACUUCCAAUUACCACAAUCCUCAGAAUCCUUGCAACCGACAAGUGCCGUUAAUUUCCCUGGUGGAUUUAGUUCUGGAGUCCCUGGUCAAGUUUCAGCUGGAUCCGUAUUUGGGCAGCCUUCGAACAUAGGAGCGGGCCAACAAGCACUGGGCUCAGUACUUGGUAGUUUUGGACAGUCUAGACAGAUUGGGGCUGGUUUACCAGGAAACAAUGCUGCGCCUGCAAGUGGCUUUGGCAGUGGUUUCACGGGAGUUUCAGCUGGUGGAUUUGGAGGUGGAUUUAAUAAUACUGCUGCUGCUCCGAGUGGUGGUUUUGGAGGUGGAUUUAAUGCUGCCGCUGCUGCUCCGGGUGGUGGAUUUGCUAGUCUGGCAGCAGGUGGCGGCGGUUUUGCUUCUGCUGGGGGAGGAUUCGCCGCUGCAGCAACUGCUGGGGGUGGAUUCGCCGCUGCAGCAACCGCUGGGGGUGGAUUUGGUGCUGCAGCUACUGCUGGGGGUGGAUUCGCCGCUGCAACAACUGCUGGGGGUGGAUUUGCUGCUGCUGGAGCCGUUUCAGGUGGCGGAUUCGGAGGUUUUGGCAAUCAACAGAGCAGUGGUGGUGGAUUCUCUGCCUUUGGUGGCGGAUCAGGAGCGGCAAGACCCCCGAGUGAACUCUUCACACAGAUGAGGAAAUAAAUAAAUAUAUGCUCAAAGUAUUAUUUGCACAUCUGUUUUGCCUCUGGAGAUUGAGAAAAAUAGAAUAUGGUGUUGUAGCUGUUGUGAGAAUGCUUAUGUUGCAUGCAAACGCAAAUGUACGUGUAGAAUGAUGAUCAAUUAGUAAGAUAUCGAAAAAACAAGGAAAAAAAUGGAUUGAUGCUCGCUGGUUUUACUAUUUUUUUGUCCAAUUUCUCUACCUGCAAUGGUCGUGAGAUAA